UUCCUUCCUCCCUCUUCUUGCCCCUUCUCUCCUUCUCUCUUGUCCUCAUCUCGCCGCGAGAGAGAGAGAGAGGGAAUACAUAUGAGGAAAAAGGGAGCUAGAGAGUGUGUGUGAGAGGGAGAGGAAGAGGAUUUGCGACUUUGGGAGCUCUAUUUUGGUGUUAAUAUUGCCUUGUCCCCUAUAGAAAGAGAUUAGUUUUAGAAACCUUUGGGGGUGGAUUGCUGCAACUAAUGAGGGAGAGAAUUUAGAGAUGUAGAGUUGAUAUUUCUUAAGUGGAGUUGCAGUACAUAUCUCAUGUGUCAUUCAAAUGCCUCCAUUGACGAUGAAGAACAAAUUAAACAGGGAAUAUGUAGGGCGACACAAUCUCCAUGUAUGUCGCAACUCAACUAAAAUAUCAAAACAUUCAUGUCCUCAAGUUAAAGCUUUUGAAGAGGCAGCUGUUUUGGACAUUUAUAUUCAAGAUCAUCAGCAUGGUUCUUCAAAUGUUGAUGUAUCUGGACAGAACAUUGUGAUCACAGAAGCUAAUGAUUUUCAGAACAUAUUGGAUGAAGCCUCUCUUCAUAUUCUGAUGGCAUCAUCAUCAUCUGAUCCUAUUUCCAUUGGAAGAAUGGGUUCACUGUCAGCCACAUGUCCAUCUAACAUGGAAACAAUUUUCUCACCUAGUCUUGAGGACAACGAUUCUCAGUUAAAACUGAUAAAUCACAGUAAUGCAGUUAAAGAUGAAAACCCUAAAUUGCCUCAUCUGGUUGCUGAUGAAGGUGAUGAUGGAAGUUGUAGUUUUAGUGAUUCUCAAACUUGCAGUCUAUUGGACUUCUACGGCUCUGACAGUGUUUCUGCUUUACCCUUUGAUACUGAUAUGGGAUUUACAGAUGUCAUAAAUACUGCUUGUCCUAUUUAUGAGCUUACAAAUUCUGACAUAAUGAUUGAUAUGGCGGAGAAAUACAUGAUACUACCUUUCCUGGGGAAAACUGGAGAAACCAGCAGCAUUUAUAUUGAGGAGUCAUUUGAAGAGACGAUGAUGAAUUCUGAUGAUGCAUGCUUGUAUUUAGAAUUUCACCAGAUGAAAUCAUCCGAUCAGGAAACUCAGAUAACUUGUCAUUCUGGCAAUCUGGAUGAAAUGGAGAGCUUCGACCCACAGUUAUUAUUUAGAAGUUUACCUGAUUUACCUGAGGCAGUUUCAACCAUUUGUCCUAUUUCACAACCAAAGGAAACAAAGAAAAGGAAGCCUAUCACCCUUGUACUUGAUUUGGAUGAAACUCUUGUCCAUUCUACCCUGGAGCAUUGUGAUGAUGCUGAUUUCACCUUUCCAGUCUUCUUUAACAUGAAACAACAUACCGUAUAUGUAAGACGUAGGCCUUACCUGCAGCUCUUUCUGGAGAGGGUAGCUCAGAUGUUUGAGAUUGUUGUUUUCACAGCCAGUCAAAGUAUCUAUGCUGAACAGCUAUUGGAUAUGCUGGAUCCAGAAAAGAAGUUAAUUUCGCAGCGUAUUUAUCGUGAAUCAUGCAUAUUUUCUGAUGGUAGCUAUACAAAGGACCUGACCAUUUUAGGAGUCGAUUUGGCGAACGUUGUCAUAAUCGACAAUUCUCCACAGGUUUUCCGGUUGCAGGUAAAUAACGGAAUACCUAUCAAGAGUUGGUUUGAUGAUCCAUCAGACCAUGCAUUGCUUCAAUUACUUCCCUUCCUUGAGAGCCUGGCAGAUGCAGAUGAUGUCCGUCCCAUCAUUGCAAAGAAAUUCGGAAAUAAGGAAUGACGUUUGUUGGGGCAGUCGUAAGGUUUUCAAGUUACAAUUAAUAAUGUAUUACCUAUUAAGAGUUGGUUUGGUGAUCCCCAGACCAGGCAUCGAUUUCAACCCUGGUCGGUGCAGGGGAUUUUCAUCUAUUAUUGGGUAGAUAUUAUGCAAUAAAGAGAAAUGAUGUUUGUUCAGACAGCCAUAAGUUUAGUUCGUUGACUCCUGUCACUUUCUACAGAAUGUCAUCCUUCAGGUGGCUUUCCCGCAGAAUCAACUCAUUAUUUGUCUCUCAGCUUUGGUGCCAUUAAUUAAUGGCAAUAGCUAUUAUAACUUGCUCUGGUUGCUGAUGGUUGUAUAUAUGAAUGAUGCCAAAGCUAACUGCCUAGAGUUGUAUAUUCUCUGACCUUACUUUUGCCAUACAGAUGUGUGCAUAAGAGUACUGUUGGUGAAUUAAAGUUGUGUGGUUCAGUUUCCGAUAAAUGCGUGUAUUUAGUAAUCUGACAUUUAAUAAUUCAUGACUUGGUUGUAUCAGUC